UACUUCUGUUUCAUGAGGUUUUAUGUUGUUUUUGAGUUGGAUUUAAUUUUAAGAUCUAAUUAAAGCAGCUUAAGUGAUGACGUGGAGUCAGAUAUGUAGUUUUAUCGGCUGUCCACUUGGAUUACUUUAUAUUUUAAACAUUUUCCUGUCUCACAAGAAAAGGAAAAACUUAAAGGGAAAAGUUGUUCUAAUAACAGGAGCCAACUCAGGAUUAGGAAAAGCAUGUGUUUCUGCAUUUCAUCAAGCUGGGUGUAAGGUUAUCAUGGCAGGGAGAAAUCAGGAGCAGUUAAAUCAAGUGAGAGAGGAAGUUAUUCAGAAGCAGAUGCCAGAGACUUUUUCACCAGAAAUUCUCAUCAUGGAUUUGAUGGACUACAAAAAUAUGCAAGAACAUAUUUCCAGGGGAUUGAAAUUAUUUGGACAGAUAGAUAUUUUGAUAAACAAUGCAGGGAUCAGCUACAGAGGGGAGAUAACCAGUACUCAGAUACAGGUGGAUGAAAGAGUGAUGGCUGUUAAUUAUUUUGGUCAAAUUGCUUUAAUUAAAGAGGUUUUACCUCAUAUGAAACAACAAGGAGGUGGAUCUGUUGUUGGUGUGAGCAGUGUUCAAGGAAGGAUUGCCAUUCCAUUCAGAUCAGCAUAUGCAGCCUCCAAGCAUGCUUUCCAGGCUUUUCUAGACACACUAAGAGCUGAGGUGAGCAGUGACAAUAUCCAGGUGUGUGUUGUCAGUCCUGGGUACAUUCAGACCAAUCUAUCCCAGAAUGCAGUUUGCGGUGAUGGAUCAUCAUACAACAAAAUGGACAGUACUACAGCCAGUGGAAUGGACCCAGAGAAAGUUGCUUAUAGGAUACGACAAGCAGUGGAAUUUGGAGAAAAUGACAUUUUGUUAGCUCCUUUGCUUCAUAAAUUUGUGAUAAUUAUAAGGACUUUAUUUCCCUCUUUGUUUUUUCUAAUAAUGAGUCAAAGAACUAAGUCAGGUAGAAAAGAAUAUUCAAAGCUGAAAACAUCUUGAAUUUAGUCAAUGGUAAAUUGUAUUUCUCAUAUGAAAUUAAGAGUGGAAACUUGUCAUACUAUGUACAUACUGAGUAAUCAGUGUUACUGUACAUUGCAUAAACUUCACUGGGGAGAAGCAUUACUUUGAUAUUGAUACACAUGUCUUCCUUUUUUUUAUGGGG